AUGCAAAACUUCACAGAACAUUCGUCCAACGCCAUUACCAAACCUACAAACAGUCGGAUCCUUUAUGAUAUACCGUGUAAAGUGUGUAAGGACUUUUCGUCCGGCAAACAUUACGGCAUAUAUGCAUGCGACGGAUGUGCAGGCUUUUUUAAAAGAUCUAUUCGGCGUAAUAGACAAUAUAUUUGCAAAUCAAAAUCAGAAGGCGCAUGUCCGGUUGAUAAAACACAUAGAAAUCAGUGUCGAGCUUGUAGACUCCGCAAAUGUAUGCUUUCCGGCAUGAAUAAAGAUGCUGUUCAACAUGAACGCGGUCCUAGAACAUCAACAGUUCGACGACAGCUUCAAGGACUAUGUUACUCUAAAGAUCGAUCUGCAAGUAACUCGCCGCCGCUAGAUUUAACGCCCAAGAGGUCUCCGGAAUGCUCGACCACUUGUUCGACUUCACCUAGCAGAUACAUUCCAGAUUCGCAUUCAUAUUUAUCUGCUUUCCGACCACAAAUGUCAAUGAUGCCGAGAUUUUUAAAUACUAUGAGACUCACGCAAGCAGUUUAUGAGACAGCUGCUUCGAUUUUGGUCACAGUUUCCACGAUCAAAAGUUUUCCGGCUCUGAUGACUCUGCCUUUUGUCGACCAGUUUGAAUUGCUCAGAGAGAGUUGGCACGAACUGUUCAUAUUGACGGCCGCUCAAUAUUUUUCUGACACCGAUAUAUCUCUACUGCACGAAGAACACCGGUCCAAUUUUGGAUCGUCGACAGACAUCGAUGAGCAAAUCGCGGUGUUCAAGGAUACGUUGGCCGCGGUCAAACACCGACAAGUUGAUCCGAUCGAACAAUAUUUGUUGAACGAAAUCGUACUGCUCAAAUCAGAAUCGGUCAAGGGUCGCGGCUGUAGUAGUUCUGAAGACACGGAGACCAUUUUGGGCGGGUUGUCCGUAAAGAGCAAAGAGGCGCUAAGACGGCAUGUGCACCACGUGCAUUUGGCCCGGCCAGACGCGCGAUACGACGAACUGAUCGAGAUAUUGCCCAGCAUCCGGGCUGUGCCGAAAACUACGGUGGUCGAGCUGUUCUUCCGUCGCACCAUUGGCCAAACUCCCAUCGAACCGUUCGUGUGCGGCACAUAUACUAACUAUUUGCAGACGGCGCCGCACUUGCAGACCAUCAUCAGCAAGGCCAAGAUAUGUCAUUGCCUGCAGUGAAGGACGUGGCGAAUACAUGAUGUUAUAUGACGACAUGUGGUGAACUACUUACCUAUUUGUUUUACGCGAGUUUGACUUAAACGCUAAUGUAUAUAUAUAUAUAUGGGUACGUAAUAAUAUUAUUAUUAGGGCUGUAAUAAUUUAUUAUACUAUAAUAUACGAUCCAUAUAUAUAUAUAGUGAUAUUGUACAUAAUUAUAAUAUAUUUUC